GUGUACGUCCUUUUCCCUGCCCUCACUGUGACAAGAUCUUCCGCACAUCAGGCCACAGGAAAACACACAUUGCGUCUCACUUCAAAAGUUUACAGCAAAAGAAGCACAAGUUUCCUCGCAAAGCCAACAAAGCCAAAGUGUCCAAGAGUAACCUACCUCUGCCCGACAUCCCCCUGCAGGAACCCAUCCUCAUCACUGACUUUGGCCUCAUCCCAUCCCAAAACCCCCGCUUGGCCUUUCAACAAUACCUUGAGGUGGUGGGCAGUGACCGGCCAUACAAGUGCCAGUUCUGUAAUAAGGCCUACAAGAAAUCAAGCCAUCUGAAACAGCAUACCAGGUCUCAUACAGGAGAAAGGCCCUACAAGUGUCUGCAGUGCAGUCGGGGUUUUGCCUCCUCGGGAGUCCUCAAGGCUCACAUCAGGACCCACUCUGGUUUAAAGGCGUACAAGUGCCUGAUGUGCGACACCACAUUCACCACCAGCGGCAGCCUGCGACGUCACAUGACCACCCACAGUGACCUACGACCCUACAUGUGCCCAUACUGCCAGAAGACCUUCAAGUCAUCUCCCAACUGCAGGAAGCACAUGAAGACACACAGGUAUGAAUUGGCCCAGCAGCUGCAGCCCCAGUCAUCAGAUGACCACUUAGGAGGGGGCACGGUGGACCAUGAAAUGCAGGUGGAAAUAGAGGGAGACUCCCUCCAUCAACCACCUGCUACCUCAGAAGAGCAGCAAAGUAUGCUGGGACUGGACCAGACAGAGGUCGUGAAUGGAAGUCAAGAAGUGACCUUGGAGGUCCCCCUGACUGACCAGACCCUUGUACAAGGAGAAGACUCGUAUGUGACCACCCAACAUGCGUUGCCUCAAAACAUCAGCCAGUUUGAGACACCAACACUUCCUCAGCCUUCCUUUGACCAGCAAGCUCUAACACAAGGCUUCACCAUCACUGAAUCUAGCUACAGUCAGGCCCAGUUCUCCAGCGUCCAGCAGCUGCAGGACUCCAGCACCCUGGAGUCCCAGGCCCUGUCCUCCAGCUAUCACCCCCCCAACCUGCUCCACGUUUCCAGUGCUGAAGUGACGAAUGGACUUCUUCAACAGAGCACUCAGGAUGAGCUUCAGCUGAGCACUGAAACACAGGACUACCAGGAUGACAGCGAGGACAACAGCAAGAGAGCCUACAGGUGCAAUUGGUGUAAUAGGGGCUUCAAAAAGUCAAGCCACCUGAAGCAACAUGUGCGCUCCCACACCGGCGAGAAACCCUACAGAUGUAAUCUCUGUGGACGAGCCUUUGUAUCAGCCGGAGUGCUAAAGUCCCACCUCAACACGCACACAGGAGUGAAGCCCUUUAAGUGUAAUGUCUGUGACGCCUCAUUCACCACCAACGGCAGCCUGAACCGCCACAUGAUCAUCCACAUCAAGUCUUUCAAAUGCUCCGUGUGUGACGACAACUUCAGGACCAGCCUGCUGUGUAAAAAGCAUAUGAAGAAGGAGCACGCUGUGGAGGAUCAGAUUAUGCGUCUGGAUGGAGAAGACAUUGAGGAAGAGGAGGAGGAGGAAGAAGAAGAAGAAGAGGAUGAGGACGGGGAGCUGAAGUUAAAGAGGAAGGGUUUAGAAAUCAUCACAUUCACUGAGGAGCAGACGGCCGAGCUGGCGAAAGAUCCCGGCGAGGAGGCCUCGGUGUCGGAGCGGAUCCUUGCCCAGUCGGCUGCGGAGAGGGAUCGCAUCAGUGAGAUCAAAGACAAGGCUGUGGAGCUGGAGACAGAACCAAAGUUUGCCAACUGCUGCAAUUUCUGCCCCAAGAGCUUCAAGAAGCCCAGUGACCUCGUUAGGCAUAUUCGGAUCCAUACGGGAGAAAGACCUUACAAGUGUGAUGAAUGUGGGAAGAGUUUUACAGUGAAAUCUACCCUGGACUGCCAUGUGAAGACACAUACAGGUCAGAAACUAUUCAGCUGUCACAUGUGCAACACCUCCUUCUCUACAAAGGGCAGCUUGAAGGUGCAUAUGCGCCUCCACACAGGCUCCAAGCCCUUCAAAUGUCCCUUCUGUGAACUACGAUUCAGAACUUCAGGCCACCGCAAAACCCACAUCCAGUGCCAUUUCCGUCCAAGCCUAGAAAGUCGCAGAUCCAAGCGGUCUGCCUUGUCCUCUGGUCAUGGUCAAGACCCAGGGACUGGGCAGGCUCUGGGGCAGGGCCUGAGCCAGCAGUCAGCCGCUUUAGAUGCUCUUCAACCUGUGGGUCUGCUGCAAACUGGCAACUCUGACCCCAACAUGUACCUCCCUGCUAGCCAAGUCCUGACAGGGCAGUUUGACCAGAAUCUACUGCAACAGGGACUGGUGGGACAGGCCAUUUUACCUGCCUCUAUGUCAGCUGCAGGAGACCUGACGGUGUCCCUGCCAGAUGGCCUCACCACGCUGGAUGGCAUCCACCUGCAGCUGACGCCUGCCAACCUGGUGUGCCCCAACGUGCAGAUCUCUGGCCUCGACGCCAGCAACAUCAACAACAUCACACUACAGAUUGACCAUGCCCUCCUGCAGCAGACCUUUCAACAAGGCGGUCUCCUCUCUCAACCCUUGAGUGUUGACGCAAGCCUCAUCUCCCACUCUGGCAGCCAGCUCAUGUCCACCUCCGACCCCUCGGUGUCUGCCAAUGUGGUCCUCCACCCACUGACCAGCCUGGCCCUGCAGCCCUCCACCCUCACACAGGCCAGCCUCUCUGAGCAUGAUGCUACAGGUUCUCAGGACCUUAGCCAUGUCAUAAGCAGCUCGGGGCUGGUAUCCGGAGGCCCCGGCGGUCAGGAGAUCAUGCUGACCAUCAACAACUCCAGCCUGUCUCAAGCCCUGGCACAGGUUCAUGCCCACGCUUCAGCUUCCAGCUCCAGCAAUGCAGCAGGAAACCCUCAGGAGAUCACGCUCACCAUAUCAGGCCAGGAUCUGCUCCCCCAGCACAGCCACUCUAAUGGAGUGGAGAUGAACGGCAGCAUCAGGCUCUCAUCACCACUCAGCAGCCAGCCCAACAGCGCAACCCUGACUAUCAUCAAUGAACACCUCCUACCUCAGAUCCCCGCCAACUCUGGAAUGGCAGUCUCUAGCCUGCCAUGUAGCACCACCCUAUCGCAUAGUGCUGUGUCCCAGAGCCUAGUGAUGUCACCAGGAGGCGUGGCAGGUGAUGACAGCGUUACCCUGACCCUGGCAGAUGCUCAGGGUAUGCUGGAAGGUGUCACUCUAAACCUUAAUACGCAGGGUCAGACCUUUCCUGCAGUGCUGAAUGACCCAGGACAGCCAACCAGCUCAGGCCAGCAGGUUAUACUGGUCAGCCACCAUUCCCAAUCCACAAACGGAGCAUCUGACAAUGGAUACAAUAUUACUGACGAGGGCCAUAAGGGUGGAAAGGAUGGCCAGAUGGAGGCUGAUACUCGGAACCAGUGUUACUACUGCAAUGAGGCUUUCCAGAAUGCCAACACACUGCGACGGCACUGCAGACAAGCUCACGGCAAGGACCGCUGUCACGUCUGCACUCUCUGUAACAAGGCCUUCAAGCGAGCUACGCACCUGAAGGAACAUGAACGAGUGCACCAGCCGGGCCCCUCACCCAGCUCCCAGAAACCCAGAGUCUUUAACUGCUCUUCCUGCGUGAAGGCCUUCGCCAAGCGCAGCCAGCUGGAGAGACACAACCGAACACACACAGGUAAGAGGCUAAGGGAACACAUUUGCACA